CGAAACUUCUGAAGAGAGAGGGCGGAGCAGAAGAAGUUUUAGAACGGAAACUACAAUUAAAAUAAAGACCGAGAGCCCAAAGAACAAGAGAACACUUCGUCGCUCUGCACGCCGCAUCAAAAAAUCAAAAUGACUACGUACCGCGAGCUAUGCUGUGCAAAAGUGUCUGCAUCACACCCGUAUUUAUAAUCUUUGGAGUCACUGCAACUGCUCAUGGUCAUGACAUGAUUGAAUCUGCAUGAAAUCAUCGUAGUCCAACUUUCUGGUUGAGAAAUUUUUCAUGCGGUAUAUCUAUGCGUAUUGCGUUUGCGAUGCUUUUGCAAUGCAUAACAGCGCGCGAAGCAAGAGGACGCGCAUUACGUGCAGAACCUCGAAGACCUGCUCGAGCAGACCAAGCAGAACUUCGCGCGGGAGCGGGCGGCGUUGCGGAUCCAGCAACAGAAGCGGGUGGCCGACGCGACGCACGAGCUGAAUGAGGAGAUUUUGUUGCUGAAGUCGGAACUGUAUCAAGUGCAAAUAUGUCUGAGUCUGGAACAGUGCAGAUUUUUGCCAUGCCGUUUUUACAUGACACAGAAUGUCCGUCAUGGAAGCUCUAGAAUCACAGAGUUCGAGAAGCUUCCACAUUGCUCGAUCCGCAUGACAAAUUCCCCACUUUGGUGAAAGAAAAUGAACAUCUUUUGCUGCCUAUGCAUGAGAGAGUUGUCUGUGUUGUGAAAUGCGCAUCACAAGUUCGCAUCCUUCGAGGUCGAGACAUAUUUGCAAUACAUAAACUGUCCGCCGUCCGAGUAUUGUCCAACGGCGCGAUGAAUGCUGCGGAGGUGCAGAAGGAGAGCAGCGGGAAGAGGGAAAAUGAAUUGGAGAAGGAAUUAUCACACAAAAAAAGUUCAUCACGGGGAGCCUAAUGCGCAUUUUGAUUUUUGCAAAAAAGAAAUUAUCAUGCAAAAACACCUGCAAGUUUGUGACUGUGACGAAUUUUUUUCUGUCCAUACGAAUUGAACAAGUGCCAAUCCUUGCUGAAGCGGAAGGAGAAUUUGAUCGUCGACUUGACUUUACUUGCGAAGGACCGCCACGAACAGAUCUCCAACCUGGAGGAGGAAUUGGAGCUUGUCCAUACCGAAAAGCAGAAGCUGAGCCGUGCGGUAAGCGAGGGAAAAAGAUCGGCGGAGGAGCUGGACAAGGUAAAAAAAAAUGACUUCCUGUUUCGAGGCGUAAGCUUGUGGUCCUAAGGGCGGUUGUUCUUUCGACGCGGUCGCGCGUUUUGAAUGGGUACAGAAUAGUGAAAGUAUAAAUUCUUUUACUUCCAUUUUCAUUUUAUCUAUCGUAUCAAUCAACGCCAGCUUGCGAACGAAACGGCCUCAAAUGCGAUGGACGCACACUGCGAGCACAUUGAAGAGCUGGAAAAGGAGAUCGCAAGACUGCAAGCUGAGUACAGAUGAAGUUGAUAUGCUUGUUGGAAUAAAAGAGCAAGUCUGACUGUCUGAGUUGUUUGUCAUGACGCGAAACACGACACGAGGACAGCGACACACACAAAAAUGUGAUUUUUUCAUGCACAAAGUUGGUGCAGCAGCACCUCCAAAAACACGUAUCAGAGGAAGAUCGUGCGCUUCUCAUAUGAUAUAAACAGCUGCAAACAAAUCCGGCAAGUGAAAGAUCGUGAGUUCCGGCGUGCGGAGCAGCACCACCGAGACAAGGAGAAGGAGCAGCAUGGGCAGCAGGAGAAACUCCGGAAGGAAAUGAACCGAAUCAAGGAGGAAGCAGAGGUGGAGCGGUGCAAACUACGAAGCACGUUCAAGGCGAAGCUGGACGUGAAAGCGAGGCAAAUCCGCGAACUGGAGGUCGAGUUGAGGAAUAGUGUUACUACAACAGCAGCUCCAUCGGGGUCCAAAGAAGCCCCUGGUGGGGGCGAUCGGGAUCUUCAAAGCAGUGAGGGAGCUGCGGGGACAACAUCAGUAGAUCCGCCGGUCAUCCUUGGCGGCGGCGGAUUCAGACCAAGCCCAUCGCAGAGAAUCGCUGCCUCGUCGGGCGCGGUCGGGAAAUUCAAACGUAUUAUAUAUAUUUUUGGGAAUUUAGUACAUCUCUUGAAUUGUUCUUGAUUGUCGUCUUCCACGUUUUUGUUUCCAAAACUGGUGUGGCCACUUGCCUUUAUCUUUGUAUGUGCUUACCACGUUUUGCCUGUGCCAUGACAAUGUUCCUUGAAAAAUGUUGCUUGGAAAACAAAAAUCCGCGGCGUGAUCGAAUAUACAACAGAGCAAGCGGAGCACGCCGAGCAACUCGCGGAGCAGUUAAAGGGGGAGAAAUCCGCCGUGGAAGGGCAUCUCCGCUCCGUGCUGGCGGACCACCGGCAAAAGCAGAAAAAAUGGGACAAGGAGCAGGACGAACUCGCGGAGCUGCUGCUCGAAAGUGAGAAGAAAGUGGAAUUCCUGCAGCAGGAAUUGCGGCAGAUCCGGGCGAAGUUGGCGGUAGAGCUGGAAGCGAAGGCAGAUUUCACCAGGAUAGAAGGUGAGCACAAGAAGGAGAAAUCCGAAGUUCAACCUCGUCUCCGUCUUCGCUCCGGCUGCUCAGUACCAGAGCAAUUCGGCUCAUUCAGUAGCUCAGGAUCUUCCACCAGUGGCGCUCCUAGCGCCACCGGGGCUGCAGACCCAGUUGUGGAGGACAGCAGUGCUGGGGAUAACGUGGCAAAACACCAGCAGGACACGAGCAUCAAGGAGGUGGACCGCUCGGAGAGUGGCAGAAGUGCGCCCCCGCCUACAGUCGGUCAAGAGAUGAAUACGACGUCUUCUACUUCAGAAGCUGCUACAGUAAAGGAAAAAGCAGAGCAGGAUCAAGUCGCGAAGCCAGUAAACACGACGACCUUCUGCAGCUCUGAGAUUGAUGUUGUUGAUCCUGAAACUGCACCAAAAAAUACAAUGAAAUCCUCUGUUUCACCACCUGCCGCCGACAAAAGGACAAUAAAUACUCCAAGUCAGAGCCCUUCGAAGAUCAGAAACCAGAACGAAAGUCUGUCCCUGCAGCUUCUGGAGGCGAAAGAGGAAAACGUGAAGCUGCAAAAAGAAAACGCCGAUCUUUCUUCGAGACUAGCAGCGGUCAGAAAAUACGGGGAGGAACUGCAGGCACAGAUGAAGGAGGACAGCGAAAGGUUGAAAGAGACCUGCGCGAACGAGCUGCUGCACGCGCAGAGGCAGCUGGAAAUGAAGCAGAAAAUGCUAAAACAGGACCAUCUCGCGGAGGUUUUGGCGCUGAAGAAGGAGCAGCAGGAAGCGGCGAAGCUGGAAGAAGGUUUAAACAAACGCGUCUCCGGUUUGCUUACCGAGAAGGCGGAGAGGGCGAGGGAGAUUGAGCAGUUGAAGAAGGAAGCCGACCACAACGCUAUCGAGCUGAAAAGGCUGCAACGGAAGUUGGAGCUGGAAACGGAAACCAAGCGGGUCGAGAACAACCGACUGCAGCAAGAAAUUCGGAACAAAAUCGAAGAAAUCGCGCACCUGCAGCAGUCCUACGAGCAGUUGGUCGGGGUGCAAAAAGAGGCGGCCGAGCUGGGGGUCACGAAGAACAUGGUAAAGUUUACUAAGUAGCAGCUAUUGGUGUUGGAGAAGAGCUUUGCUGUUUCAGGUUCUGUUGCAUGACGUUGUAGUACACGACCAAAGCAAGCAUCCAAAUCCAUGUUCGCUUUCACGCAUCAUGAGAAACAAGCAAACUUCAUUCUAGUAGAACGCUGUCCUUCUACACUCAGGACUACGAGAAGCGGGAGCAGGACCUGGCGAAAACCGGAGCCGCCCUGGACCACCGGGAGUCGGACGUGGCGCAGCAAGAGAGUGCAAAUCUGAAGAAGGAAGCCUUCCUGAAGGAGCGCGACCACGUGUUGAAGGCCAAAGAGCAAGCCCUCACUGUGGCCGCGGCGGAGAUUCAGAAAAUGCGCGAACAGAUAGAAGCACAACAACUGCAAAUACAGCAAGAAGCACAGCGAAGUGGUUCAACAUCUGGUACCGGAAAUAAUAAAGCUGAAACUACUACUAGUAGUCCUACUAGCCUGCUGAAUGAAGCAAAAGACCAAGAGAUCGCGUUGUUGAAAGGGGAGCUCGACCAGCAGAAGCAGAAGCUACAGAAGCAAACCACGGAGCACACAGAGUACGAAGCGGUUUCCUACGCGAAGCUCUCCGAGCUCCAGCAAAAGUGCACCAAGAUGGAGAAGCUGCAAAAGAUCCACAGGAAACGGCAGGAGCAGAGCAAACUGGUUCUGGAGCAGAUCUUGCGUGCGUACCAACUCUCGGGGUCACUGGCGGCGACCAGUACAUCAGCCGCAAACGCGCCGGCGGGUCUGCAGCCGCAGCAGCCAGGCUACUACAGCAACAAUCCAGUUGUGGUUUUAUCCGGCGAGGAUUAUGACCACAAGAACUUAGCUCAUGCUGCGGUCGCGGGCCAGCAACAGCAUCUGCAACAACACACCGACUCUGAUGCAGAACAGCAGCAGGGUGAGCAGCUACAUGGUCCGGAUUUUCACGCGAUAAGUCAUGCCGCCGGUAACAGCCUCAGCAACUCCGCGUCCUCCAUUCCAUCUUCGGGAACCGGCAGCAUCGUCGCGGACCCCAGUCCGAAAAUCGCCAUCGAGCCGGAGCUAUGCAUGGCAAAAGUAUCGUUAUCGUAUCUAUCAGUAAUCACAAAAAAAUGAAAUUUCUCAUGCAGCUUCACUUAUAGCGCAUCCAUUUGUCAUGCAAGCUCGCAAUAUAGUAUGUACGAAAGCUGUGCUUUUGCAAUGGAUAGGAACUGAUUGAAGUGAUCAGCAAUCUGCUUAAUUCUUCCUGGAUGACGAGCUGCACCACCACGCCGCGAACCAGGACAGCAAGUAAUUUUGGAGCACAAAUAAAUGACUACACCUCCACUGCCGCCGCGGCAGAACAACAGGUGCGGAUGCUGAAAGAUGAAGAAGAGAAACGGAUGAUUGGGACGUCGACCAACCUGGCUGAGCAUCAAAACCCGGCCGCGAAGACCAAGGAUCUUGCUCUGGAUCGCAGCCAGGUCGGACGAGACGGAGGCACAGGCACAGCGACCACCAGUGCGGUGAAUACCGCGACCAAGCCGACGCCGAGAAUGACGCCGUCAAGUUCGGGGCACACCAGCAAAUCCACCGCCAAUGAGGUGGCGAGUUUGAAGGAGAAAGUCGCAGUCUUGCAAGACGCGCUGCAGGAAGCAUUAGAUGUUGUGGCGAAAGACCCAAAGGCCGCCAGUUCUUCUUCCCACUUUGGGGCCGCGACGACCUACUUCAAAACAUGCGGCAGCAGUGGUGCAGAUCAAGAGCCGGCUCCUACUUGUUUCGCUCCUGGUGCAAGAACCACUCCUACGGGCGCCCAUGAAGUAGUAGAACAACAACAGGGCAGCGCGGCGUCGGCAGGUGAACUACGAAUUAGCGGAACUACAGUGGAAACAGCAGCGGAAAAAACACAAUCACAGAUGGUUACGGCGGAUGUUGAAAAUGCAGACGAUCUCCAUCCCCCACCAGAGUACACGCGGAUUGUCCCUGUAGCAUCACCGUUGCAGCAAACCAUGUCCUCCUGCUCUGUGACCGCAGCAGUUCCUGGGAUCCUCGUGAGUGCGGGCGAUGUUGUAGGUGCAAGUUCUGCAGCUGGUGGCGGCACGGCGGGGGCUGUUGCUCCUUCUUCGUCUUCUUCCAGCGGAAAUAAACCUCCGUCUACUACUACCACACGAGCAAGUGUACUACCUCAGCCCGUCGCUCGUGUGGUACCACCCACAACUGCGUUCUUCGCACGUUCGUUCGGAAGUCGAGCUAGUGUAAUUGCACCUGGUGGCGCACCAGGCUCCUUCCUGUCAACCAGCAUCACAACCUCUUUCUCGCAACCACACGGAGCGGCAGGGGUGGGACCAUUGCAGGCCAAUCGUACAGCUCCCGGAACCGCAUCAGUUCCAGAUCCCCGGGGCGCCGCGCUUGGGCCGGAACGGACGACGUCGAGCUCAACUUUCAGCGCAAGAGGAGCGAUUGUUCAGCCGGCGGGUCUCAACGUCGGACCUUUUUUCUCGGAACGAAAUGCCAAUUCGUCGGCAACUACUCCCAGUUUUGCCGGCCUGGGGCUAGCCGCCGCGGCCGGCCGGGCUAUUGCCGCGAAUAAGGCGAGUGCUGGAGCACGACCAGGGAAUUCCUCUGCUCGUCGUGGAGAUUAUGUUUACAACUAUUCGUCCUCAGCAUCCACAAGUUCCUGGUCGAACAGUAAUUCUAUUGAGAUCGUGGAACCAGGUGGAGUGGCUGCAACAAACAGCGACGAUUUGAUGUUUCAAGUAGACACAGCACAACAUCACCGGUCUUUGAUGUUCCAACAGCACAACGCGACUACCCUUUCCGCCUCCACCGGCCACAUCGGUGCGACGGGCAGUAAGACCCCCAACCGUGUUUCCUACAAACAAGCCCGGCGCGCGAGUUUGCACUCCCUUUCCAGUAGCCGAUCCGUGACGUUUCACAAUGCUGGUUCUUGUGGUGGGGGCUCUGCGUCCGUUGGGGUAGUAGGUCCAGGAACAACUACUUUCGGAGGAGGAAGUGUAAUUACUACCUCAUCUCAGAGUCGUACGAGGUCCAGUGUGAAGAAGCAAAUUCGCUCUACCCUGCCGGUCGCUACGUCCGUUCCCGUCGCCGCGCCGAUUCGCCAAAUGUCGCCGAGAUGGGACGUCGGUGCUGCGCGGGGAAGCAGCAGGUCAGUUUCGAAUUCGCGUGCGGGUGGCGGUGGUUUGAGCGCAACAUUUUCAACAUCCAGAUGUCGCCCGACGUCGGCCCGGUCGGCGACUCCACCAGGGUUGGCCCAGUUAUUGUGAGGAAAAAUCCCCCCUCGCCAUAUCGAAAAGGCAUGUUUCCGAAAAUUUGUGUUGCUGAUUUGGGGUCACAAAUCCUUGCAAGAAGACAAGGGCAAAAGCUUCGCCCCCAUUAUGGAGGCGAUUUGUCAUGCUGUUGGGCCUAAAGCGGAGCCGUUUGCCAUGCUGAGCGACUAGACCGAUACGCCCCUGCAUAGCCUGGGGAACUGGCCGCGAUGCCUUCCUGCAAUACAAAGCCGAUUUGUGUACACAAAUCCCGCGUCACAGAUUUCCAUUUCGAUACGGGGUGGGGUGAUUUUUCCUUUUGAUACCAGUUCCUACCGGUUGUUCACUCCUCGUCCCGGAGUGUGGAGGGGAGAUUUGUGUCGACCGCGCGAGGAAAAAAUGCUGGUAAUAAUUCUACGUUGAACAGCAGCCGGGGAACAGCAACUUCUGCAGGACGAGGUGUGAAUCACUUUUCGACAGCAGGUGCUGCAGAGGAUCCUUCUGUGCCAGAAGGCGGGAAUCUUCAACCUGACCAGCUCGGAAUUCUGAGCAAGAGCAACGUGGACGGAAUUAUGGAUGAAGCCACGGUGGAAAUGGUAAAUAAAGGUGCGCCGGAAGGUGGCUCCUGGGUGGCGACCGAUAACUUUUAUUCCAACCGUAAUCAGAAUCAAGUAGAAGGAGCCCCUGCAGCUCGUCUCGUGACCACUAGUACAACAACCAAGCGAAUCCGGCACUCGCCAACCAACCCCUUUCAGCAGAACAAAGAAGAUCAACAGAACAGUUGCAGUUCUUCCGAUGAAGUGCUGGUGAAUUUAUCCUCCGCGUCCAGUCUCUCGGUGGUGGUAGCAGAGGGUGAUGAUCUUCCUGGUGCUCCGGUAGCGGAGCCCUCGGUGGACCAGCAGCAAGCGCAAUACAUCAACCACAUCGAUCAAGCGGCCGCGGAGCCGCCGUCCGAAAUAAGUGCGGGCGCUGUUUAUGACGUUGAUAACAGCCACUACAAAUCUUCGCAAGAGGACACGAACUACAUCGAACUCGCACAAAGAAGCGGCACUGCAGCGGGGCGAACGCCAAUUUUGCCGGCCAAUGCGGGAGAGAUCGAUCUCUAGCUUGUUGUAGAAGAAGCAGAUCUUCCGAUCGGCCAUGCGAACGAAUUUGCUCCGAAAGGAAAAAUUAAUGAUUGACUGAACAAAGUACAAGUAGACAAACUCUAACUCACUAAGCGGAUCAUGCGUCAUGUAAACAAGCUAGAUGAAAAGCAAAAGAUCGGCAGUAUCAGGUCUCAUGGCAUAUACUCUUACCCAGUUUGAUGAAGGUUGAAUUUAGACAUUGUGACCGUUCGAUUGUGAUUGUAGCAAAUUGUGACUAAGUAGUGCGUCUCGACGUCCUCGAGAAACGACUGCUGUCGACGACGUCUUUGUAGCAAAUAUAGCGAUAGAAAGCGAUUCGAACAAGUUUGUACGUGUAGCACAACAAGCACUACCCCUGAUUUAGCCCUGUACAAUAUUGGACAAAAGAACCUCUGACAUCCUCCUUUGGAAAAAAGAACGCAGCAAGCAGAUGAG